GCCUGUCCCGAGCGAACGCGCGCAGAGCUGCAGUGUGUGCAAGAGAGUGUUAACCGAGGAAACGUCGCGGCCCGGGAGGCAGCCGCCCCAGCGCAGGUGGACGCUGCUCGCCUGACCAUCCAACCGCCGCCCCUCCCUCCGGGGGGUCCCGAGCUGACGGAUGGGAGGCACAGCUCGCGGGCCCGGGCGGAAGGAUGCGGGGCCGCCAGGAGCCGGACUCCCGCCCCAGCAGCGGAGCGGUGGAGGCACAGUGUUAAAGAGCAGAGGAAUGAUCAUUUGGCAUUUAGCUUCCACCAUCCACCAGAAAAUUAAGUGGGUAAAGAUAUUGGGUGAUGGUGUCUAUGAUACCUUCAUGAUGAUAGAUGAAACCAAAUGCCCACCCUGUUCAAAUGCACUCUGCAAUCCUUCUGAACCACCUCUACCCAGAAGACUAAAUAUCACCACUGAGCAUUUAACAAGAGAUCCUACUCAGCGCUUUCUGAAUGGAGGUGAGAUGAAGGUAGAACAACUAUUUCAAGAAUUUGGCAGCAGAAGAUCUGAUACUUUUCAGUCAGAUGGCGUCAACAACUCUGAAAAAUGCUCUCCUACAGUUUCUCAGGGUAAAAGUUCAGAUAGUUUGAAUACAGUAAAAUCCAGCAGUUCGUCCAAAGCAUCCAAAGUGUUGCCUCUGACUCCAGAACAAGCGCUGAAGCAAUAUAAACACCACCUCACUGCUUAUGAGAAGCUGGAAAUCAUCAAUUAUCCAGAAAUUUACUUUGUGGGUCCAAAUGCCAAAAAAAGACAGGGAGUUAUCGGUGGUCCCAAUAAUGGGGGUUAUGAUGAUGCAGAUGGGGCCUAUAUUCACGUGCCUCGAGACCAUCUAGCUUAUCGAUAUGAGGUGCUGAAAAUUAUUGGCAAGGGCAGUUUUGGGCAGGUAGCCCGGGUCUAUGAUCACAAACUUCGACAGUACGUGGCCCUGAAGAUGGUACGCAAUGAAAAGCGCUUCCAUCGCCAAGCAGCCGAGGAGAUCCGGAUUUUGGAGCAUCUUAAAAAGCAGGAUAAAACCGGUAGCAUGAACGUUAUUCAUAUGCUGGAAAGUUUCACGUUCCGGAACCAUGUUUGCAUGGCCUUUGAGUUGCUGAGCAUAGACCUUUAUGAGCUCAUUAAAAAAAACAAGUUCCAGGGUUUUAGCAUCCAGUUGGUUCGCAAGUUUGCUCAAUCCAUCUUGCAAUCCUUGGAUGCUCUCCACAAAAACAAGAUUAUUCACUGUGACCUGAAGCCAGAGAACAUUCUCCUGAAACACCAUGGGCGCAGUGCGACUAAGGUCAUUGACUUUGGGUCCAGCUGUUUUGAGUACCAGAAGCUUUACACAUAUAUCCAGUCUCGGUUCUACAGAGCUCCAGAGAUCAUCUUAGGAAGCUGCUACAGCACGCCCAUUGACAUAUGGAGUUUUGGCUGCAUCCUUGCAGAACUUUUAACAGGACAGCCUCUCUUCCCUGGAGAGGAUGAAGGAGACCAGCUGGCCUGUAUGAUGGAGCUUCUAGGGAUGCCACCACCAAAACUCCUGGAGCAGUCCAAACGUGCCAAGUACUUUAUUAACUCCAAGGGCCUACCUCGCUACUGUUCUGUGACCACUCAGGCAGAUGGGAGGGUUGUGCUUGUGGGAGGUUGUUCACGGAGGGGCAAGAAGCGGGGACCCCCAGGCAGCAAAGACUGGGGGACAGCACUGAAGGGGUGUGAUGAUUACUUAUUCAUAGAGUUUUUGAAAAGGUGUCUUCACUGGGACCCCUCUGCCCGCCUGACCCCAGCUCAAGCACUAAGACACCCUUGGAUUAGCAAGUCUGUGCCCAGACCUCUCACCAUUGAAAAGAUAUCAGGCAAAAGGGUAGUAAAUCCUGCAAAUGCUUUCCAGGGCCUGGGUUCCAAGCUGCCUCCAGUUGUAGGAAUAGCCAGUAAGCUUAAAGCUAACUUAAUGUCAGAAACCAGUGGUGGUAUACCUCUGUGCAGUGUAUUGCCAAAACUGAUUAGCUAAUGGACAGCUGGUGUGCUCAGAGAUGAUAUGUAGGUAUUUUUAAUUAUCUUGCAAACCUGAAAAUGGAAAAAAAAAAACCAAGCCCGUUCAUGGAUAUGGUUUUGGUAGACUAGAUAUCUUUUUUUAACAAGGCAAAGCAUUUUUAUAUGACUGUAAAAGAACUCUUGAAGGGCUAAUUACCUAACCAACUUGUAUUGUCCAUCCUGGGAUACAUAGUAAAAGGCUUUUUAUAGGUCAGUGCA